CACCUGGGUGGGGAGGUGACAGCUCCCUCUCUUUUGUGUUUGCUUGGUGCUGGCGGAAGAUGCGUCAGGAGGAGAGGACCAGCUACACAGUGGUGCAAACGAGCGAGGAGGGACUGGCCGCUGACGGCGAGCCCCCGGGGCCACUCCUGAUGCUGGCCCAGAACUGUGCCGUCAUGCAGAACCUGCUGGGCCCUGCCUGCAUUUUCCUGCGCAAGGGCUUCGCCGAGACUAGGCAGCCUGACAGAUCACUGCGGCCAGAGGAGAUCGAAGAGCUCCGAGAGGCCUUCCGAGAGUUUGACAAGGACAAGGACGGCUACAUCAACUGCCGGGACCUGGGGAACUGCAUGCGCACCAUGGGCUACAUGCCCACGGAGAUGGAGCUCAUCGAGCUGUCCCAGCAGAUCAACAUGAACCUGGGUGGCCACGUGGAUUUUGAUGACUUUGUGGAGCUAAUGGGACCGAAGCUCCUGGCAGAGACCGCAGAUAUGAUCGGAGUAAAAGAACUGCGAGAUGCUUUCCGAGAGUUCGACACCAAUGGGGAUGGGGAGAUAAGCACGAGUGAGUUGCGAGAAGCCAUGAGGAAGCUCCUGGGCCAUCAGGUGGGACACCGAGACAUAGAGGAAAUCAUCCGCGACGUGGACCUCAAUGGGGAUGGACGAGUGGACUUUGAAGAGUUUGUCAAGAUGAUGUCCCGCUGAGGUGGCAAGGGCGCCUCCAGGACUGCCAAGGCCCCCACCGUGGUGGUGGGGAGAAGAGGAACCGCAGCCACCGAGAGCCCAGGAUGGACCGGCAGACAGAUGGACAGAGGGGACUGCCUGCACGCUGCCGGGGCGGUGCCCACCCCGGACCCCACCCCUCCGCACUGUGAAAGACUCACAGCUCCUGCAACUGGAAAGGGGGCGCCCGCCAACGAAGAGGCCACAGUGCCAAGCUGGCCGAGGAGGUCACGCCAGGCGCCAAGUGCCAUGUGCCCAGCCGCCGCCGGCUGGGUGGGCCAGCGAGCCCGCCAGCAGAACCCGCACAGCAUGUCCGCCCCGGCAAAGCCUCUCGCCGCCCUCCUUAGCCCAGUGCCUGUCCCAGCUCGUCUCAGCCCUGUUCCUUCAGAACCAAUAAAAAAAUCUUUCC